AUGCAUUCUAAGAAAGUUCUCAUAAUCCUCAGCGAUGCGCACUCCUUCUCCCUAAAACGGAACAGCGGACACGAUGCUGGCAAGGUUGUCGAUCAGCCUUCCGGGUUUUUCCUACAAGAGCUCGCAAAGCCAUUGCGCAAAAUACUCAACGCAGGCCACAAGGUCACAUUCGCCUCCCCCAAAGGUCUUGAACCAGCGCCAGACCCAAGCAGCGAAUCACUUGUUGCAAAUGCAGGGAAUAUCUUCGAACGUCAACGCGAAUGGGAUCUUAUCGAACGAAUGAAGCGCGAGAACGGGUUCCGUAGCCCGCGACCAUUCAGUACUAUUCGUGACGAUGAGUUGACUACUUUUGCGGCUGUUUUCAUCCCCGGUGGACAUUCGCCGCUUCAAGAUCUCGGGGGGAAUGCAGAACUGGGACGGAUCCUGCGUUAUUUCAAUCGGGAGAACAAGCCUACAGCAGUGAUCUGUCAUGGCCCUUACGCCCUGUUGAGUACGAAGAAGGCGGGAGAUGGGUCAUUUGUUUACAAUGGAUACAAAAUUACGUCGUGGAGCGAUAUGGAAGAGAAUCUUAUGGAAACAUUGUGGGGUGGGCAGGUCGAGAAAGUAGAGUCGACGUUGAGAAACGAAGGUGCAGUCAUGGUUGAGGGUGUCCGUGAAAAGACUGGAGGUACCACGCUGCAUCGGGAGCUGGUCUCUGCGGGUAAUCCGAUGGCGGCAAACGCCCUUGGUGAUCGAUUUGUGAGAAUGAUCAGUGUAUAG